GAGAUGAAAUCAGGUGGCGAGCGUUCUCAAUUUUCUUUUUCCCGUUCCCCGUUUUCUUUCACCGGCGGGGUCGAAUCGCGCACGCCGCCCACCUCGCCCCCAUCUCCCUCCCCCGCCCGCACGUCGCAAACCCUUCGUCGCCACCACCGCCUCCCGGCCGCGGCUCCCCUCCACGCGCGCCCGCCGCGUCCCUCCCCCCGGAGCCCUACGUCCCGGCUGCCUGCUCCGGCCGCCGAAUCCCCGGGGCCUUGCUGCUGUGGCCGCUGCCGCACCCGCCCGCCCUCGCCGGAGUGCUCUCGCCGCGGCCGGGGGCGCGGCCUGUCGCGGGAGCCGAGGCCGCUUCCUUCACGGUGCGUCGUCGCUGAGGAACUAAGUCGGCAGUGUUUGGGCUUCAUGCCAGUAGCGGAUAACUGCUGUACUUUCUUUUGGAAGUCCUGCUUUAUUUCAUAGUGGAUUGUAGACCAGAACUGCCAAAGCAAUGCUGAUGGACCCUCCUGUUAUGCAAGUGGAUUGCCAGUUGCAAAAUGACGUGGAAAAAACAUCAUCCUAUGACAGGAAGCUGACCGUCUCACACGGUGAUUAUGGGUGGGCAGGCUCUGAUGUCCGCCCAGCAAAUGAUGCAAUAAUCUGUAACCCAAAUGAGGUUGACAAUGCUUCUCAAACGGGCACAGAUGAGGUAUUAGAUUCUUCUUCCAAAAGAUCUCCUAUUAACUUGGAUGAUUUACCUCAGGGGGCAGAAUUAAUAGAGAAGGAUGGUGACGAUUCUCACUCCAAUGAUGUAAAACUUCAGUUGAAUGUAAGCACUGAAACUAAUAAUGGCUUGCAAAGUGAUGAUGGCAACUUUAAUAAACAAAGUUUUUGUAAAGAGGAUAGGCAUCAUCCUCAGGAAGAGAUACAUCCUCCCACCACAGUCUCACUACCAAGUUCAUGCAAACUCAAUGGAGAUGCCAUGCCUUCUCAAGAAGAGAAAAUAAAAGAAGAGCAUGUCAAAGUAGAUGGAAUUGUUAAUGCAGUAACUAAGGAAGUCGGAACUGACUUGGUAGGAUGCCAUGCGGGGCAGAAAGAAUUGCAGUGCACGCUACAAGAUCUAUCAGAAAUAGCCUGCAGUAUUGGUUUAGUACGUAACAAAUCUUCUCCACAGGAAGAGACCAAUGUGUCUGUUUCGCCUUUAAAUGACACAGGCAAUAAUGUUGAUAACCGUAGUUGUAAUGGUGAUGCCAAUUGCAAAGGGGAAGAGCUCAAUAUGGGUAACCCUGGAGAUGAAGAUCAUGCUGUAGCACUUUGGGUGAAGUGGAGAGGAAAAUGGCAAACAGGAAUUCGAUGCUGUAGAGUAGACUAUCCUUUAACAACUGUAAAGGCAAAACCAACACAUGACAGGAAGAGCUAUAUUGUUGUUUUCUUCCCUCGGACGAAAACUUAUUCUUGGGUAGACAUGCUACUUGUUCUACCAAUAGAGGAAUGUCCUUUGCCACUUGUGAAUGGAACUCAUCGUAAAUGGAGAAAGCUGGUGAAGGAUUUGAGCGUUCCUCGGCGAUUCAUCAUGCAGAAACUUGCCAUUUUAAUGCUAAAUUUGAGUGAUGAGCUUCAUAUUGAGGCUUUAAGUGAUAAUGCUCGGAAGGCCACAACUUGGAAAGAAUUUGCUCUGGAAGCGUCUUGCUGUAGAGAUUACACUGAUCUUGGGAAGAUGCUCAACAAACUACAAAAUAUGAUUCUUCCGGACUAUAUAAGCUGCCAGUGGCUACAAAAUUCUUUUGACAUGUGGAACCAAAAGUGUAUGAAUGCACGUGAUGCUGAGACUAUUGAAAUGCUUUAUGAGGAACUUAGGCAAUCUAUUCUUUGGAGCAAGAUUGAGGAAUUGUGGAAUGCAUCGGUGCAGCCUGAAUUAGUCCCUGAUUGGAAAACAUGGAAACAAGAAGUCAUGAAACAAUACUUUUCAUCACAUCAUUCUGGUAAUGUUGCCAACUUUGAGAAAAACAAUUGUUACAACGAUCCAGCUUUAGAUCAACAAGUUAGUAGAAAGCGUCCGAAACUUGAAGUUCGCAGAGGGGAUACUCAAAUUUUACACAUGGGUGAGGCUGAUGGCCGGACUGCAAAUGAAGACCCGAACCGAAAUAAUCUUCCUAGUAACUCUGUCAGGCAUGAAGCUGUAGGUGCAUUUGGAGCAAUAAAUCAGAAUACUGCCGCCACCUUCUUUGGAAAUUCUGGUGUUAUUGAGAUCACAGCAUCUGGUAGUGCCAAUCCAGCUUUGCAGAAUGCUAGACUUGAGUUAGAUUCAUUCAAGAGUUCUCGGCAGUGUUCUGCAUACAUUGAAUCAAAGGGAAGACAGUGUGGUAGGUGGGCAAAUGAUGGUGAUAUUUACUGUUGCGUGCACCAAAGUAUGCAUUUUCUUGACCAUUCUUCUAGGGAGGACAAGACACUUACUGUUGAAGCUCCAUUGUGCAGUGGCAUGACUAAUAUGGGUAGAAAAUGCAAGCAUCGAGCUCAGCAUGGUACUACUUUUUGUAAAAAGCACCGCCUCCGAACAAACUUGGAUUCAAUGCACCCAGAGAAUUUGUUGGGUUCAUCUGAGGUACCCCAUAUGAGGGAAGAAUCUCCAAACAAGGGGGUAGAAGAAAUUUCUAGGUCACAGUCGAUGUACAGCAUUGACUCUGAAACAGACAUGAAUUCCCAGGCUGCUGUACAGGUGAAAUUGAUACUGACUGUGGCUACAGAGAUCUCAGCUGAAAAAUCUUGUGCAAUGGAGAAAAUUGAUCUGUGUGCUGCGUCAACCUCCAUCACAAAUACUGAUGAUGUUCCUCUUUGUAUUGGAAUUCGCUCUCAUGACAGUAUUGUCGAGUGCCAAGAUUAUGCCAAGCGACAUACUCUUUACUGUGAGAAGCACCUUCCAAAGUUCCUUAAACGUGCCAGGAAUGGAAAGAGUCGACUUGUUUCUAAAGAUGUCUUUGUCAAUGUUCUGAAGGGUUGUACAUCAAGGAAAGAUAAAAUAUGUUUACACCAAGCAUGUGAAUUUCUUUAUUGGUUUUUGAGAAACAACCUUUCUCAUCAACGCACCGGUCUUAGUAGUGACCAUAUGCCCCAGAUACUGGCUGCAGCGGCUAAAAAUCCAGAUGUUGGACAGUUUUUGUUGAAGUUGAUAGCUACUGAGAGAGAGAAACUGGAAAAUCUCUGGGGCUUUGGUUCAAAUAGAUCUAAGCAAAUCUAUUCUGAAGACAAACAAGGAUCUGCAGUGCUAUUGCACGGAGAGGGAACUAAUCUUUCAUCUGGUUUGAAGUGCAAAAUUUGUACUCACGAGUUCUCUGAUGAUCAAGCUCUUGGAUUACAUUGGACGUCGGUCCACAAAAAGGAAUCCCGGUGGCUGUUUAGAGGUUAUUCUUGUGCUGUAUGCAUGGAAUCAUUUACCAACAAGAAAGUUCUUGAAAGACAUGUGCAGGAUGUACAUGGAGCUCAGUACCUCCAGUAUUCAAUUCUCAUUCGAUGUAUGUCAUGCAAUAGCAAUUUUUUGAACACAGAUCUGUUGUACCCACACAUUGUUUCUGAUCAUGCACAACAGUUCAGGCUUCUUGAUGUCCCUCAAAGACCUAAUGGUCGAUCUGUUCAACAAACAGAAGGGACAAGUGGUGUGGCCCUUUAUGAUAACCACGAUGUUGAGAAGGAUGAUGGAUCACAGAAGUUCAUCUGCAGCUUAUGCGGGCUCAGAUUUGAUCUUCUACCAGAUCUUGGCCGCCACCAUCAAGUCGCUCAUAUGGACUCAGGUGCUGAGGGCCCCAUUCCACUGGGACGGGGGAAGUAUCAGCUUAACCGUGGCCGACACUACUAUUCUGCUUACAAGAAAAGUUUACGGCCAACAAGUACAUUAAAGAAGAGGAGUAGCUCUGGAAUUGAGAAAACUUUUAAGUUCCAAAGCUCUGGCCUAUCUAUGGUAACGUCACAAAUAGUUGAAUCUGAAACAGCCAGCCUUGGUAAGUUACCAGACUUACAAUGCUCAGAUGUUGCAGAAACUUUAUUUUCCAAGAUUCAAAAGACAAGACCCCAUCCAAGCAACCUUGAUAUUUUGUCUGUUGCCCGUUCUGUAUGCUGUAAGGCAAGUCUUCUUACUGCACUGGAAGUUAAAUAUGGAUCUCUACCUGAGAACAUAUUUGUGAAAGCUGCAAAACUAUGUAGUGACAAUGGCAUCCAAAUUGAUUGGCACCAAGAGGAAUUUAUUUGCCCUAAAGGUUGCAAAUCUGGAUAUAAUUCAAAUGCUUUGCCUCCUCUACAGUUCAUCCCAGCUGAAUUUCCAGAAGCUCCUUCUGUGAUUGAUCCUCCAAAUGACAAUGACAUGUGGGACAUGGAUGAAUAUCAUUAUGUUCUUGAUUCAAAGCAUUUUGGCUGGAAGCUUAAAAAGGAGAGGGUUGUUCUAUGUGAAGAUGUAAGCUUUGGCAGGGAGAAAGUUCCAAUUGUCUGUGUUAUUGAUGUCGAUGCAAAAGAUUCUUUCAGUAUGAAGCCUGAAGAACUUCUGCCACAUGGCAGUUCUGUGCCUUGGCAAGGUUUACACUAUAUCACAAAGCGCGUGAUGGAUUCAUCUCUUGUUGAUUCAGAGAACACUAUGCCUGGGUGUGCAUGUUCUCAUACCGAAUGCUCCCCUGAGAAAUGUGGUCACGUGAGUCUCUUUGACGGUGUUUAUAAUAACCUGGUGGAUAUCCAUGGAACACCAAUGCUUGGCAGAUUUGCAUAUGAUGAAGAUAGUAAGAUUAUUUUACAGGAAGGGUAUCCAAUAUAUGAGUGCAAUUCAUCAUGUACUUGUGAUUCAUCCUGCCAGAAUAAAGUAUUGCAGAAAGGCCUGCUUGUUAAGUUGGAACUCUUUAGAACUGAGAAUAAGGGUUGGGCUAUUAGAGCUGCUGAACCUAUUCCACAGGGCACCUUCGUCUGCGAGUAUGUUGGCGAAGUCCUAAAGACUGAUGAGGCCAUGAAAAAUGGAGAAAGGGUGUCAAGUAGUGACUGCAGUUACUUGUUUGACAUUACUUCUCAGAUUGAUAGGGAAAGAGUUCAGACUGUAGGGACCGUCAACUACAUGAUUGAUGCCACAAGAUCUGGAAAUGUAUCCCGCUUUAUUAAUCACAGCUGUUCGCCAAAUCUCAGUACCCGUUUGGUUUUGGUUGAGAACAAAGAUUGCCAGCUUGCUCACAUUGGCUUGUUUGCUAAUCAAGACAUUGCUGUGGGAGAAGAACUUGCAUAUGAUUACCGAAAAAAGCUUGUAGCACGCGAUGGCUGCCCCUGCCAUUGUGGAGCCAAGAAUUGCCGAGGCCGGGUCUAUUAAAUUUUGCAGGAAGACAAUGAGGAUGCUCGGUUGCAGAUCCUCCGAAGCUUAAGUUUGUGUAGGCCGCUAGUAUCUCAUUUCUUCAUCCAACCGAUAGGGAUUGUGAUAUAGGACUUACAAGCAGGCAUUAGGCACACCAUAGAUGUUGAUUUUAGUAGUACCAUCAUGCUUAACUGAUUGUUUGUUAGACGCAACCUGAAAUGAAAGCGAUUCAGGCUGCUUUGCGCGUAUUUGAGAAUUCUUUAUCAUUGUAAAUACCUUCAUUCAAAUUUUAUAGAUCUUGAGCACCAUCAUCGAAGCGAGUUAAACCGGUUA